UCUUGCUGAGAAUAUUGGUCAUGAACUCCAAAUACCCCGCAUAAUGCCAGAUCGCGAAAUUCCUUUAGAAAUUUAUAGUGACAAGGAAAUAAAAAUACGUUUCAGAUUCUAGCCAGAUGUUAUCCAAAAAGUCAUUCUACCUCUAGUUUUAAAUCCUUUAUCCAAAGAAACUGAUAGAGGGUGUCCUCUGCCUCCUUUAUACAAGUUGCUGAUUGCAUUGAGGUUCUAUGCAACUGGAGAGUUUCAAAUUGUUGCUGGUGAUUUAUUUCAUGUAUCACAGUCCACAGUUAGUAAUGUCAUUCGCAGAGUAAGUGAUGUGCUCUCUGAUAAUCUCCGUAGAUAUAUUUGCUUUCCGGAAAUUUUCACAAAUUGCUGCAUUCCCUGGAAUAAUUGGGUGCGUUGAUGGAACACACAUACCCAUUAAGUGUUCUCAACUUGAAAGAGGAGAAAUUUUUCGUAAUCGAAAAGGAAGAUUUUCAAUUAAUAUUCAAGUUGUUGGCGGGCCUGAUUUAAAAAUAUACGAUUUGGUGGCACGACGGCCAGGGUCAGUACACGACAGCCGUAUUUUUCAAAAUAGUAGAGUAAAGAACAGAUUGGAAACUGGUUUAUUAAAAGGCAUUUUGCUGGGAGACAGUGGUUACCCUCAAUCAUACUACUUAUAUACUCCAGCACCAGAGCCUGUAAUUCCACAGCGACCUAAUCCGAAUACAAUAAGCUAUAACAUGGAUCUGCAAAAUUAUCGUAAUUAAUUGAGACACUAUUAUUGUCAAACACGCUACAAUCGUGCUCAUAGAAGUACACGUAAUUCUGUUGAAAGAUUAUUUAGUGUGUGGAAGCGUAAGUUCCCUUGAAUUUUUAAACCACUAUCAUAUAAAUUGGACACAAUUUUGUUAAUAAUAACAGCUACAGCAAUACUCCACAACAUUGCUAUUGAAACAAAUGAUGUUAUUCAUUUUGAUAAUAUCAACUUUUAUGAUGAUCAUCCUGAAUUAGACCCAGAUUCAUUAAAUAUUAAAGGAUCAAGAUUACGAGACAUA